UCUAAAAGUAAAUAAAGUAGCCACUCCGAAUUCUUGCUCACUCCUUCAUCCACCAACCCCGCCCUCUCUUUCAUUCUAUCGUCUCUCUCACGCACAAACGCACACAUACACGCACACUCACAGCCAAACGAUAGAGAAAGCCUCUGGCUGUGAUGGCUAAAAUAAGACGGUUUAAUCAUGACUCUGGCUCUAGGCGGUAAUGCAGAUGCGGAUGCCUGAUCUCAACUGGAUGCAAAGGAGGGAGGAUCUCAGACUCAUCCUCCGGCAUAAUCAACAUUCAUUUUUCUGAAGUAGCGUACAUGACGCGAAGAUGCAGCGGCAGACAUGAAAACGCUGACCCUAUAGCCUAUUCUUGAAAACCUCUUCUACAGAAAUAGCAUUGCGAAUCAGUGGAGUUAUAACCAAGCAUUUGAUAGGGGCCUGUAGCCUACUGGACACUCCAUGCUAACCACUUUAAGGACCACAGGGAAAAUUGAACUGACACCGGCUCAUCUGUGUUUCCUUUUUAAAUUUUGAAUAAAUUUGGAGCACAACAAAAAAAUACAAUAAUCGCGCAUUACUAAUCAGGGUAGGACCAGUCUUUCCAGCUCCCUCCCACGACGUGCCCGGCACAGGACUACAGAAGCAGCGGUACGGCAGCAUCAAGCCAACGCAUAUCUGGAUGGGGGAGAGAACCGUGAUCGCGAGUGUAAUAAAAGGGGGACAGUGAGACCGGGCCACUCCAACCUAUGCACCGUACGGACGUUUUCCAAUCUGGCGAGCUCAGGACUGAGAGUCAGGUGCAGUGAGGGCGCAUCAAUGAGCGUCUCCUCUCGGGACAGAGAGCUCUGAGCUUAUCCAGAUCCAUUGAAAAGACGCGGGCACGCAGGGGAAGAGGCAACGGCGAGUUAGGAAGUUUUGAUGCAUAUGAUCACAACCACCAUGAUUUUCAUGAUCCUUGGUGCCUCUGUUGUAAUGGCGAUAGCGUGUUUAAUGGACAUGAACGCACUACUGGAUCGCUUUCACAACUACAUCUUACCGCAUUUACGAGGAGAGGACCGGGUCUGUCAUUGCAACUGUGGAAGGCACCAUGUUCACUAUGUGAUACCGUAUGAUGGCGACCACUCCCUGGUGGACUCGUCGGAGAACUACUUUGUGAGCGACAGCGUGACCAAGCAGGAGAUGGACCUGAUGCUGGGCCUGCUCCUGGGCUUCUGUAUCAGCUGGUUGCUGCUGUGGCUGGAUGGGGCUCUGCACUGUGCCGUCAGGGCCUGGAGGGCCAGUCGCUACUACGACACCCCUUCCUGGUCAUGGCUCCCGCAGUUCUGUAACCUGCGAGACCUGCGCAGACGUGCGCAGCUGCGGCAACUCGAGGACUCCAGCGGCAACAUGGUGCACAUCAAGCAGAAGCUCUACCACAAUGGUCACCCCAGUCCCCGUCACCUCUGACUCUUGACAGCGUUAUUGCCAAACUGCCCCAUUACCAACUGCUGCCUCAGAGACCCACUGUCACUGGCCCGACACUGUCAGUACCACCUCCUGGACUCUACAAUCCCCCCCUCAACACGAUUCAGUAUUUGAAAAAGAAAACGUCAGAAAACUAAAAAAAAACUUUAAAAAAAACUCAAGAGGAGAAUUAAUUGCCACCAAAAUUCUAACCUUGUGUCCAUGUCCAAAUAUGUUUGCAGGAACAAAUGAUUUUUAAGGGUCUCUGUUGUACAUUUUUUCCCCCUUCCUUCAUUUGUUUGUUGUUGAAAACUCAGCAUGCACUUUUAGAAUGGGGGUUGGGGAACAGGCAGUUUCCAAAUGGGGCAAUGAGACUCGGGUUUCAGGUUUGUUUCUUUGUUUUUUUUUAAUUUUCCAUUGAGUUUUUCCAACAGAGGGUGGAUGACCUUUUUUGGGGAGGGAGUAAUAAUUUGGGUCUGGGUUGGUUCCAUGGUUUUGUGAUGGCAUAGUUAGAGAUAACUGCUCAUGUAAAUAAUUAUAAAUAUGGUUUUAUGGGAUUUCAAAGAUAACACAGGGUUGGGGGGAGACGUAGUGGGGGGAAAGGUCACUGGCUGUAAUGAACAGCGUGGGCAUGAGAGGAAUUAUGGGGAAAAAAGACUGUGAGAGAGCUUGAAUAAGAGUGAAGUGAUCUCUGUUACUGACUGACAAAUUAGCUUUGUUACUUAGUGAUAAUAAAUGAAUGUAUUAAUUUUAUCUGUAAAUACCCGAGAGGGAAGGGAGAGACAAAUUGGUGGUCAGGGUUCUCUGCGCUACAUUGAAAGUUAUGAAGUUUGACCCGUCAUGAAUUGGGAAAGAGUUCAGCACUUGCCUUGUCUUCCCUACACUGUGUCCAAUAGCCCUUCCUGGUUUGCUAUUUAAUAACUCCAUAUUCAACAAGAGCAACCAGCCUGCCAGCAGAGAGAACCCUGACCUGAUUUCCCCUUCCUCUCAAUGUCCAGACAUUGCUGUUGUGAAGAUAAAAUGUCUGUUUUAUUAAAAGUGCCAUUGAAGCACAACAGUGA